AAUAUUUAAAACAAAACCGGUGUCUGAGGUCUGAACAUUCCAUUUAGUUCGUUUUCGAUCAAAAGAAAAAAAUCAACUGUCAUCAUGCCCAUCGACUUCUAUUACCUUCCCGCCAGUCCACCUUGCAGAAACGUUCUUCUGGCUGCAAAAGCUAUCGGAGUGGAACUCAACCUCAAGCACACCGAUUUGAUGAAAGGGGAGCAUUUGACCCCAGAAUUCGUCAAGAUCAAUCCCCAACACACUAUACCUACCCUAGACGACAAUGGCUUCAUCUUAUGGGAGAGUAGAGCCAUCAUGGUCUACUUGCAACAACAGUAUGGUAAAGAUGACAGCCUCUACCCAAAGGAUCCCAAACGAAGGGCUGUGGUCGACCAACGCUUGUACUUCGACAUGGGCACUCUGUACGCAAAUUUGGCCGAUUAUUAUUAUCCUGUUAUCUUCCGAAACGCGUCCUAUGACCCUACCAAACUCGAAAAGAUCAACGACGCCUUCAAAUUCCUGGACCUCUUCAUUGGAGACAACGAUUAUUCUACCGGCAGCAACCUCACUCUUGCCGAUCUGGCAUUGGUCGUCACCGUCUCCACCUACGAACUCUUGAAGUACGACUUUUCUCCCUACAAGAACGUCUCCAGAUGGUUCGCCAAGGUCAAGGCAACUGCGCCCGGUUACGAGGAAGCUAACGGGAAACCUUUGCUGGCUUUCCAAGAGCUGAUUGACACGCUCAAUAAAAACAAGAAGUAGAUGGUUUUGAACUUUCGCCUCCUACCAUGGUGAACAGCGGUCUCUAUAAUAGUUCAAAUUUGGCUUUGGCACAAUCCCAACUGAUGAGCUUUACUUACUCCUGGAGUCAUUGCUAUAGUAGGAAUGUGCAAAUAUUUUCUGGUAUUGUGCUUGUUUUUUCCAUUUUUUGGAUAGCACAAAAAUGAAUCUCUGUUAUUGUGUUCAUGGAAAGUGUUCGCUGGGCGAAGAAUUCUACCAGUAACUGAGAUGGUAAAUUUGUCGAAAAUGUUUGCCAGUGCGUACAUAUGGGAGUGAAAAUUGUGCACUGACCAAUCGUUAGAGAGAGAUAAGAGUCCACUAUUGUAGAGGCCAUUGGUAGGGAGUUCAAAAUUUUUCAUUCAAUGCCUAUUUCCUGUUCCAUGUUUUAAUAUAGCUACCUCUAGUACAGAACGUUUUGAAGAAAUUGUGUGAUUUAAUCUGGUAUCUGGCAUAUAUCUCCAAUAUAUACUGAGAUACUAAAAUUUCACGAUCAAUUCCAAUGUAGGUUUAUAUUUUGUUGAAAAAAUAAUAGGAGUUGCGUCCAGUAUACCAAUUUUAUUAUAAAAUUAGAGAUCCAUAAUAUUUUCUUGUUAUUCAAUAAAGUUGAACACAAUAAAGAACCAAGCCUUUUAUUUUAUGUCCUAAAAAUUGACCACCUGUAGAAAGAAAUCCUAGAUUGCUUAUUUUUUUUGUAGAAAACGACAUUCUAACGACCUCUGUGUGGUACCGCUGCCAAAUCACCAAUUUAUGAAGAUUAUUGGUAUAAAACAUCUUUUAAUUGCAGCAUUAAGAGAUUAUGACAAAGAAUGGAACGAGUUAUAUGAUAUGAAAAUACAUUUUCAUAUCUGCAUUCAGUGCGAUUAUCAAUCACUGACGACACGAUCGACUUUGACAACUUCAAAUUAUUUGGAUAUCAC